AUGGAGUCCGAACUCCAAGACGUAAAUUCCAAACCACCAAAACAACCCGACCCGGUUCUCGACGACAGUCCUCUCCUCAAACCGAUUACAAUCUUCGCCUCCGACACCGACGAACUCGAGAACAAAUUCGCCGCGUACGUCCGACGCGAUGUUUACGGAACAAUGGGACGCGGCGAGUUACCGACGAAGGAGAAGGUGUUGUUGGGGGUUGCAUUGGUGACGCUUGUUCCGGUGAGAAUGGUUGUGGCGAUGGCCUUGUUGUUGUUGUAUUAUUUGAUUUGUAGGGUUUGUACGUUGUAUUCUGUUCCGAAUCGGGAGGAUGAACAGGAGGAUUUUGCGCAUUUAGUUGGAUGGAGAAGGAUCGUUAUUGUUCAGUGUGGGAAAGCGCUUUCUAGGAUCAUGCUUUUUGUUUUAGGGUUUUAUUGGAUUACGCAAUCGUGUCGCGUUGAAAACCCUACCUCCAAUGAGAAGGAAAGCAAAAGCCAGCCUGAAGAGACAGGAAGACCCGGUGUAAUAAUAUCUAAUCAUGUAUCAUACGUGGACAUUUUGUAUCACGUGUCUAAAUCAUUCCCAAGUUUUGUUGCUAAGAGAUCAGUGGCUAAGCUUCCUCUAAUUGGUCUCAUCAGUAAGUGUCUUGGUUGUAUCUACGUUCAGCGGGAGUCCAAGACAUCAGACUUCAAGGGUGUUUCAGCCGUUGUCACCGAAAGAAUUCGAGAAGCUCAUCGAAAUUCAUCUGCUCCAAUGAUGAUGUUAUUUCCAGAAGGUACAACCACAAAUGGAGAAUAUCUCCUUCCAUUCAAGAGUGGUGGUUUUUUGGCACAUGCACCAGUACUUCCUGUAAUUUUAAAUUACCGUUACCAGAGAUUUAGCCCUGCCUGGGAUUCCAUAUCUGGGCUGCGUCAUGUGAUUUUUCUUUUCUGUCAGUUUGUAAAUUAUAUGGAGGUGACAGAGUUACCUAUGUACUCUCCCUCACAAGAGGAGAAGGAUAAUCCCAAACUAUAUGCAAAUAAUGUUAGAAGGUUGAUGUCUACUGAGGGUAAUUUGAUACUUUCAGAUAUUGGGCUAGCUGAGAAACGAAUAUAUCACUCUGCUCUUAAUGGUUUGUUUUCCCAAUGCUAA